AUCAUCCUCCCGCAGGCAGCGCUCAUCCUCCUCUCCCCGCCAUCACUCUCAUUCCCAUCCUGUUUUAUUCCCAUUUGCCUCUGUUUCGCUCCGAACGUUUCCCUUUUCAUUUUAAGGAGGACCACUUUGGAGUAGCACAGCGUUUUUAUGGGGAUGCACUUUGCCAGCGUGUAGCACUAUUGCUGGAGGAGGAGUCAUUGUUUCAUCAGCUUUUCACCGUGCCAAAGUAUGAGGCUCUGAUCUGCCACUGAGACCAAGGUUUCCCUGGGCUAACUAGAAGAUGUCCACCAUGGUGUAUCCACGGGAAGAGAAGCUGGAGAAGCUCUCUCAGGAAGAGAUCAUCUCCAACACAAAGCUGGUGAUCCAGGGUCUGGAGGCCCUGAAGAAUGAGCACAACUCCAUCCUCCACAGCCUCCUAGAGACCAUCAAGUGCUUAAAGAAGGAUGAAGAGGCCAACCUGGUGCACGAGAAGUCCAACCUGCUUCGCAAAUCAGUGGAGAUGAUCGAACUGGGCCUGGGAGAAGCUCAGGUGAUGAUGGCCCUGUCCAACCACCUGAACGCCGUGGAGUCUGAGAAGCAGAAGCUGCGCGCGCAGGUGAGGAGGCUGUGCCAGGAAAACCAGUGGCUGCGGGACGAGCUGGCCAACACCCAGCAGAAGCUGCAGAAGAGCGAGCAGAGCGUGGCCCAGCUGGAGGAGGAGAAGAAGCACCUGGAGUUCAUGAACCAGCUCAAAAAGUACGACGAAGACGUCUCACCCACUCAGGAGGAGAAGGACCGAGAAGCACCCAAGGACUCCCUGGACGACCUCUUCCCCAACGAUGAGGAGGAGCAUGGCCAAGGAAUGCAACACCAACACAACAGUGCAGCGGUGGCUGCAGCCCAGCAGGGAGGCUACGAGAUCCCGGCCCGUCUCAGAACCCUGCACAACCUGGUGAUCCAGUAUGCCUCCCAGGGCCGGUACGAGGUGGCUGUCCCCCUCUGCAAGCAGGCUUUGGAGGACUUGGAGAAGACUUCUGGACACGACCACCCUGACGUGGCCACCAUGCUCAACAUAUUGGCCUUGGUCUAUAGAGAUCAGAACAAAUACAAAGAGGCGGCCCAUCUGCUCAACGAUGCUCUGUCCAUCCGUGAGAAAACCCUGGGCAAGGACCAUCCCGCUGUUGCCGCGACGCUGAACAACUUGGCUGUGCUGUAUGGAAAGAGGGGAAAGUACAAGGAGGCUGAACCUCUGUGUAAGAGGGCUCUGGAGAUCAGAGAAAAGGUCCUGGGGAAGGACCACCCAGAUGUGGCCAAACAGCUCAACAACCUGGCUCUGCUGUGCCAGAACCAGGGCAAGUAUGAGGAGGUGGAGUACUACUACUGCCGUGCCCUGGAGAUCUACGAGAGCCGGCUGGGCCCAGAUGAUGCCAAUGUGGCCAAAACCAAGAAUAACCUGGCGUCCUGCUUUCUCAAACAGGGGAAAUACAAGGAGGCUGAGAUUCUGUACAAAGAGAUUCUGACUCGUGCUCAUGAGAAAGAGUUUGGAUCUGUUGAUGCUGAAAACAAGCCCAUCUGGAUGCAUGCAGAAGAAAGAGAGGAGAUGAGCAAGGGCAAGCACAGAGACAACACUCCAUACGGAGAGUACGGAGGCUGGUACAAGGCCUGCAAAGUCAACAGCCCUACAGUGAACACCACCCUGAGGAACCUGGGCGCCCUGUACCGCCGGCAGGGCAAGCUCGAGGCUGCUGAGACCCUGGAAGAGUGUGCUGUGAGGUCUCGCAAGCAGAGCAACACAGGCAUUGACCCCAUCCACCAGACACGUGUGGUGGAGAUCCUGAAGGAUACAGACGGCGACAGGCGGAGGAGCAGGGACAGCCUGAGCAGCGUUAAGUAUGAGAGCGGCUCUGAGACCGGCGAGGAAGUGAGUAUGGGCGUGGAGUGGAACGGGGACGGCAGCGGAGCCCUCCAGCGCAGUGGCUCCCUGGGGAAGCUCCGGGACGUCCUACGCCGCAGCAGCGAGCUGCUGGUGAAGAAACUGCAGGGCAACGGGCCGCCUGAACCUCGCAGCACCAACAUGAAGCGAGCUGCUUCCUUGAAUUACCUGAACAAAACCAGCGAGGACCCGUUCCAGACUCAGGGGGGCAGUCAUUUCAGGGAGAGCCGGGGCCUGAGCUCCAGCACUGUGGAUCUCUACACAGGAAACUGAGCAGCAGGGGGGGGGGGUCUAUCAGCUGAUCUGUGGACCAACCCACAGAGGCUUGUUCUCUGAGCCGUAACGAUCUCCAACAGCACUACAGACAGCCUCACACACACCCUUCCUCUGCCUGGCUGCAUCCGACCCAAAAACCCAUUCGCUCCCACAUUCAGACCCAAAGACAUUUUCAGUCAUCCCAAUACAUACACACAUAACUAAUGGUUUUUUUCUAGCUGCUUUGUUUUUUGGUUUUGGUUUGGUUGUUGGUCUUCCAGAAAGAGAUUGAAGCAUUUUCCCCUCACCCUAACAUUAGUUUUGUCUCACUGCCUUCUGAAUGAGGCCAUGGAAACAUACCUCAUGUCUCUUCCUCUCAAACGUAAUCACUGUGACUCUGCACUUUUGACUGCAUCUGUUGCCAUAACGUCAUCUCUUUUGGUAUGUUUCUCCUUAUGUUGUUUUAAAAUAGUUGUGCUCCCCCAAUGUUUUGUGUCUUCUUGUUUUAUUAGUGAAAAUUAGGAAAAAAAGAUACUUUGUAGAUUUCUAUUUUCUCCAAAAUAUAGAUACAAGAAAUGGGUCUGUUGGGUUUGAAAUACAUAAUGUAAAGUUGACAUGAUUACAAUGUUUUUAUUUUCAUUUUAAUCCUCUUGCCUGUUGAGAUUUAUGUGCACAGUGAGGUGUUGGUCGAAGCUUUGGGAUACAGGGGAACGUGGGUGACGUGGUUAUCUUGCUGCUACAGCUUUCACAUCCAAGUGUGUGUUUCUGCACCCGUUUCUCUUCUAUUGAAGAGAAGAAAUGUAGGAAUAGAGUCAUUUAUGGUCUCAGAGUGCUGGAAAACACAACCAUAAAAAUGUUCAACUUUUAAGAUUGUAUAUAUAUAUA